CAACACAUCUGCAUCAUCCUCUCUCGUGUAUCCUAUCCUUGGAGCAUCACCAAAGCCAAAAAUGUCAACCACCAUCGAUAUCCCAGAAUCAAGUAAAGUAGUUAAAGGAAAAGGUGUGGUUGCGGCACCACUGAGACCAGGAGGAUGGAAAAAAGGGGUAGCCAUAAUGGAUUUCAUUCUAAGGUUAGGUGCCAUAGCUGCUGCUCUUGGUGCUGCUGCCACCAUGGGAACAAGUGAUCAGACACUACCUUUCUUCACUCAGUUCUUUCAGUUUGAGGCUAGUUAUGAUAGCUUCACUACUUUUCAGUUCUUUGUUAUUACUAUGGCUUUAGUGGGUGGCUACCUGGUGCUGUCUCUUCCUUUCUCCGUUGUUGCAAUUAUUCGCCCCCAUGCUGUUGGACCAAGGCUUUUCCUCAUUAUCUUGGACACUGUGUUUCUGACUCUAGCUACUGCUAGUGCUGCUUCAGCUGCUGCCGUGGUUUACUUAGCACACAAUGGUGAUCAGGACACGAACUGGUUAGCCAUAUGCAACCAAUUUGGAGACUUUUGUGCGCAGACCAGUUCAGCUGUGGUCUCAUCGUUCGUUGCCGUUGUUGUCUUCGUGUUGUUGAUUGUCAUGUCUGCUUUGGCUAUUGGGAAGCCUUGAAAAUUAACGUAUAUAUAUAAAUAUUUUGCAUGUUCUAUUUGUUUCCUAAGUCUUAAUGCCUCGGCUUGUUUUAAUUUCCUUCAAGUGUAUGAUGUGCCAAUUCAUUUGUAUACAUUUGGUCAUUCUAAUAUAUAUAUGCACGUUUCAAGUUUCA